GUAUGGAGUCCGUCUCAGUGCUCAUGAAGAAUAUGGAGUUAAUCUCAGCUCGCAUGGAAGCUCUGGAUCUAGGGUUGGACCCAAAGGAAUUCUUCAAUGGCUCCAUAAAGUUGUUUGAGGAGUUCAUGGAUAUUUUCAAAGACAAAGAACAGGCUGAAGUGGCUUCUAUAUCGCAGGCAGAGCUGGAGUCAUUCAAAUCCACCAUGCUCAAUAUCGCAGUCACGGGGGAGACGGGUGCCCGGAAAUCGUCCUUCAUCAACGCCCUCCGGGGACUGACUGCUGAGGAUGACGGGGCUGCCCCAACGGGGGUGACAGAAAUGACGAUGAAGCCGACUGUUUAUCCCUAUCCAAACCACCCCAACGUGAGGCUGUGGGACCUGCCUGGCAUUGGCGCCCCAGAUUUUCAGCCAACCACGUACCUGAAGCAGGUGAACUUCAAAUGCUAUGACUUCUUCGUGAUCAUCGCUUCGGAGCGCUUCAAAUGCAACCACACGGCCCUGGCCCGAGAGAUCGAGAGAAUGGGGAAGAGGUUCUAUUUUGUGCGCUCCAAGGUGGAUGAAGACUUGCGCAACGAAGAAAGGGAUCACCCUAGAACAUUCAGUCAGGAGAGCGUCCUGCAGCGACUCAGGAUGGACUGCAGGAAACACCUGCAAAAUGCAAGGAUGUGCAACCCAGAGAUUUUCCUUCUCUCCAGCUGUGAAUUCACCAAGUAUGAUGCUCCUGGCCUUGUAAAGACUUUGCAGGAUGAUAUCCAAGGUCUGCAGAGACUUGCCUUUCUGCUCAGUCUGCCAAACCUGUCUGCAGAAAUCAUAGAGGAGAAGAAAGCUGCCCUGAAGAAGCGGAUAUGGCUAAUAUCCCUCGCAUCGGCUUUAGUCAAUGUCGUUCCUAUCCCGCGGCUCUCUGUUGCUUGUGAUAUUAGCAUCCUGCUAGGAUCCAUGAUUGCCUUCUACAAGUACUUCGGUCUAGAUGACAUCUCCUUGGCUAAUCUGGCCAGGCAGACUGGGAAACCGAUAGCGGAGCUGAAGGCUGUUAUCAUAUCUCCUGAGGCAAAAGAAAUAAACAGAGAUGUUGUAAUCAAACUGCUGCUAAAGACGGGUUUGCCUGGAUUAACUGCAAAUCUACCAGUGCUUGGUCCCAUGUUAACUGCGGGAAUCUCUUUUUUAACCACCUACUUCAUGCUGUUGAGAUUUCUCAGUGAAGUGGCUGAAGAUGCCGAAAGGGUUCGGAAGACCGCUUUGACGGAAGACGGGAAAAAGCGUGCCAUAGAUAUGGAGUCCACCUCAGUGCUCAGGAAAGAUAUGGAUUUAAUCUCAGCUCGCAUGGAAGCUCUGGAUCUAGGGUUGGACCCAAAGGAAUUCUUCAAUGGCUCCAUAAAGUUGUUUGAGGAGUUCAUGGGUCUUUUCAAAGACAAAGAACAGGCUGAAGUGGCUUCUAUAUCGCAGGCAGAGCUGGAGUCAUUCAAAUCCACCAUUCUCAAUAUCGCAGUCGCAGGGGAGACGGGCGCAGGGAAAUCAUCCUUCAUCAACGCCCUCCGGGGACUGACCGCUGAGGAUGACGGGGCUGCCCCAACGGGGGUGACAGAAACGACGACGAAGCCAACCGUUUAUCCCUAUCCAAACCAUCCCAACGUGAGGCUGUGGGACCUGCCCGGCAUUGGCGCCCCAGAUUUUCAGCCAACCACGUACCUGCAGCAGGUGAACUUCAAACGCUAUGACUUCUUUGUGAUAAUUGCUUCGGAGCGCUUCAAAUGCAACCAUAUGGCCCUGGCCCAGGAGAUCGAGAGGAUGGGGAAGAGGUUCUACUUUGUGCGCUCCAAGGUGGAUGAAGACUUGCGCAAUGAAGAAAGGGAUCACCCUAGAACAUUCAGGGAGGAGAGUGUCCUGCAGCGACUCAAGAUGGACUGCAGGAAACACCUGCAAAAGGCAGGAAUAAGCAACCCAGAGAUUUUCCUUCUCUCCAGCUGCGAAUUCACGAAGUAUGAUGCUCCUGGCCUGGUCAAGACUUUGCAGGAUGAUCUCCCAGGUCUGAAGAGACUUGCCUUUCUGCUCAGUCUGCCAAACCUGUCUGCAGAAAUCAUAGAGGAGAAGAAAGCUGCCCUGAAGAAGCGGAUAUGGCUAAUCUCUCUCGCUUCGGCUUCUGUCAAUGUCAUUCCUAUCCCAGGGCUCUCUGUUGCUUGUGAUAUUGGCAUCCUGCUAGGAUUCAUGAUUGCCUUCUACAAGUACUUCGGCCUAGAUGACGGCUCCUUGGCUAAUCUGGCCAGGCAGACUGGGAAACCGAUAGCGGAGCUGAAGACUGUUAUCAUAUCUCCCAGGGCAACAGAAAUAAACAAAGAUGUUGUAAUCAAACUGCUGCUAAAGAUGAGUUUGCCUAAAUUAACUGCAUAUCUACCAGUGCCUAAAUUAACUGCAUAUCUACCAGUGCUUGGUCCCAUGUUAACUGUGGGAACCUCUUUUUUAACCACCUACUUCAUGCUGUUGAGCUUUCUCAGUGAAGUGGCUGAAGAUGCUGAAAGGGUUCGGAAGACCGCUUUGAAGGAAGACGGGAAAAAGCAUAAAUGAUCAGCAGACGUGUUCAUGAAUCAGAGACCCAAUCCCAGCUGGAGAUCAAGGCAUGACCCUCCCACAUUUUAAAAAUCAAGCCAAAAAAGAAGCGGCAUUUUUAUUCUUUAAUUUUCUGCAGUGAGUCAAUUUUCUAGGCUUUUUAGACAAACCUUUUGUCUAAUACAGGAAAACCAACAAAAUGCACCAAGAUCCUCAACUGAUGUAACUCAGCGUAGCAACCAAUCUUGCUAUCAGCUGCUGUCUCUUUAGAACCCGGCCUACCAGACCCUCCAGCCAGGGCCUACAGCAGACUUUGUGCACAUUUUAAACAAUGCCUUUGAUUUGAAGAAGUGCAGACCAUGGCUAGCCGGGUUACAAAUGAAUGAGGGGGCUGGAACAAGUAUUUCCCAGUAAUGUCGACCAUGAGCAUUCAAAAAUCACCAUUCCAGCCCCUAAAAACCAUGAGAUUUUUAAAAAUGUUGUUGUUUUUUAUUUGCCUCCUGUUUUGAAGGUUUGUUGGUCACCUUUUCCUGCUGUUCUCCACAGCCACUAAAAACUAGGGCUAGAAACUUCUUCUUUUUAAUGAAAGCUGAGAUUCUCCCAUGAUCACACGACACCAGGAAACUUAGAAUCAGAAGAGUUGGCCACACUCAUAUAUAUCAACUGUAACAAUGCCGUGUUUUGCAUCAGGUGAUCUGAGGAGCAAUUUAAUCAUAUCAUGAUCCCAACAGCCUGUGUGAGCACUUGGAGAAUCCAGCAUAUUGCUACAAGUUGGAUAUUGAAGUUAACUUCUAUAUAAUCUAUAGCCCAUGCAAUUUCAUUUAUACUAUAUCAAUAAUUAGUGUGCUCGUUGCUUUAUCAUUACUGCUCUUGCUGUA